GUUUGUCCGGUUGCGCCGGCUGUCUGUGGCUCUCUCUCCGUCAGACGGACAGCUCCGCGGCUCCUGCUGGACCAAUUAGCGGUGCGUCGGAGCGCCGCUGCCCGCUGAGCGCGCUGUUGUGGGCGGCCUCUGCCCCUCCGCUUCCCCCCCCCUCCGCCGCACCGGCCGCUCGGAUCAGAACCAACCGGACAGGAUCGGCGUCACGAUGGGCUCCGCUUGGCUGCUGUUCUGUCCCACGACUCUGCUGCUGGUCUCACUGAGCUCUGCUCAAGAUGAGCUGGGCUCAGAGCAGCGUGCACACACCUAUGAUGACAUUGGCAAAAUCAUGCAAGAGAUGCAACACCCGGAUUCAUUCAUGCUCCAAAGAGAAGCAGACCUGACAGAGCUCUUGGAUCUUACAGACUUUCCUGUGGAGCAGGUAAUGGUGCCUCCACCAGGACACGGUACAAGAGAAAGAGGGGGUUUCAGACCAGGAGCUUUAACACCAAGGGGACGUCGGCCCGGUUUUAGCCCUCGGUCUUUCGGGGGCCCGCCCAUCCUGGAGUAUCCCGUCCAGUUCCCCCUUGGCAGGCCAACGUCCGAAAAUCUCGAGGCCAUUUGUCUCCAUGGCGACCAUCGCCCUCGCUACCCAGAUUCCUACUUUCCCGAUUCUGGCUUUGGCCAGCAGAGGCGAAGGGCGAGCGCCGUCAACACGGCCGAGGCCUGGUUCGGUACUUGCUGCAAAGGGAACCAGACGUGGGAGAAGGAAGUGACACUGUGUUGCGCCACACAGGCAUGGGAGCGCUCGGUGGAUUUGUUCUGUCAGGAGGACUCAUCGGUGAAGGAUCGUCUUUAUGACUGCUGUAGGCUGAGUGGCCAAGACAGAUUGAGCUGUUUCAACAACGACGCUCCGAAACCAAACUAUGACGCCACUGAGCUGCUGCCAGUUCAGCCGCUUCCCUCCACUGCCAACUUCACCUUUGACCCCAGCACCUGUGAAAGGACGCCUGUGACUCAGUACAGAGCCAGAGCAAAUAGAGCAAAGCAGCAGAAGAAACCUCUCACUUCCAUGAAAGUUGAUAUGAACUUUCCUCUGGGACGACCCACAGCAGAGACCGUGAAGUCGAUGUGCCGCAGCCAGAAGCUUCGGCCUUUCUACAACAUCAGGUGCCUGCCUGCCGAAGGCUAUGAACUGGUGGCUCGACAGGCCAGAGCCAUUAAUCAUCUGGAAAAUGGAUUCAAGAAGUGCUGCAAAAAGAAGAAGGGUUUGCUUAGCUGUGCUGACCAGAAGUGGCGUGAAGAACUGGACAAGUUUUGCAGGUCUAAGAAUGGCGAGCAGGUUGAUUUCAGCUGCUGUUCCCAUGAGAAAGGGCAGGACCGCUACAACUGUUUUCAGGCAAUCUCUCAGGACCCAUUCUAUAAUCUGACGUCUGUGGCCGAAGAGAUCACACUUACCAAGUUAUGUACGACUCACAAGAUCAUCAAGAAGAGAUUUCCUGUUGGGAUUCCUCUCAAGACGUUUGUGAAAAAAUGCUGCCCUCUGCCUGAAGAAGAGAAGACGACAUGUUUCAUGCAGAAGGUUGUGGACACUUCCAAGAACUUGUGCUCAGUGAAGAAACCACUGCCAGCUGUCCGCCGCUGCUGUGCAGUGCCUUCACACGAAACUCCACACUGUAUCUCCACUAUUCUCAAGGACGCCGUCACCAAAGCUGCCGAUGUCUUACGUCAGAAGAUGAGGAAGAGAUGUCCUCUCUCUUAAAAAGCGAUGAGAGUUUGCUGCAGAGCCUCCUGGCGUCGCUUCAUUCAGGGAAUUGCUUUGUAAGCAGCAGAGAUGAAGAUGACUUUCACUCUUUAAACUGAAACAAUGAUUGCAGUUUAAAUCCCACCCUAGUGCCUUAAACGAGUUCAAAAUACGGACCAAAAUCUAGCUUCACCUACUGCCAGUGUUAUUUACUUCUGUCUGAAAUCACUUGACGAGCAUUGUAGUCCUUUAUGAUUUUACAAAUAUCCUUCUGAGGAGUCAGACACAGAUUUGCAAACAGAUUAUCUGUCACUGUACCACUACUUUUUACAGGCUGCUCUUUGCAUAUUUGAAUAUUUCCAUAUUUGAAUAUUACUGGUUCUUAAAAAGCUUCACGAUCUUUUUUUCUCGUUGUGUGGUUUUGUGGUUAAGAUCAUAUCUGCAACAGUUAUAAUAAAUCAUUUUUUAAAGGUUC